GAAAAUUAAUAAAAGGCAAAGAUUAAAAAAAAAACCGGCGAUCUACGCUAGUGAUAAAAGCAACUGGUGAUUUGCUUUUACUCUACUUAAGUACAAUCGGGUGAUGGUGCAAACCGUCCUGCUGCUGCUGCUGCUGCUGCCGACAAUACUGUUGAUACACAAACGCAGAGUGCUAGCGAGGAGGAGAAGGGGGAAGAGGAGUAUGCUGUUGCUGCUGAUCCUCAAUAUCACAGAGAGUCGGAGAGGAGGAGGAGGAAGAAAAUACCCCGUGGAGAGGGAGCAACAGGAACAACAGGAGCACCAGCAGGCACGUCAGCAGGAACACCAUCAGCACCAUCAGCAUCACCAGGUCGGGCAAUUUAAUUUUAUAAAAUUAGUGGCAGAAAACGCGCGUCGGUUUAGAAAUUUCCGGAUACUCGGUAGGGAAGCCAGUUUUCGAAUACGACCGAUACCCGAAGGCGACGAUACCGCGUUGGCUGGAAAACGCAUUCCGUGAAAUUCACACGUAUGCGUUACGUGCAACCGUGCAGGGAGAUUACGUUAGAUUGUCGUUCAGCGGAACUAACGCUCGGUCCGGCGGGGCUAUCGUUUCGCUCGGUACGAGACUUAACUCCCGAGAACAUAUGGGAUCUCGUGAGCUCGGUCGCACAAAGCAACAGGAGAAUCAAUAUCGCUCAAAAUUUCAUCGUGAGCGUUUUCAACGUCGCGGUGCCAGUGGGCCGCGGGGGCUCGACAAACAGAGUAACCGACAUCGCUAAGCGUUCAAUUUUAGAUCUCGGUAAUAGAGAUAAUUUGUACCUCCCUCGUUCCCUCGUGUUGGCACAAAUUUAUCGCGAGCCCGGGAAUCUACGCACGGGGGUGUUGCACGACAGGUGGAAUUCCGUAAAAUGCCAGACUUCCUCGCUUCAGCGUGAAUUAGCGUUAAAACUAGUGAGGAACGCCGGUGUUACGAUACCCAAAGACGGGUGCGGAAUUCCCGAGAUCGAUCUUUUUCAACGUUUUCUCGCAGACGAAAAUAUAGCCAUAAUUACAAUUCCAGCAACUUUGGUAGCGGCGAAAAUCCGUUGUACGACGGUAGUGAAUGACUCGUCUCGUUAGAACGCGAAUCUACGUAUCGUUUAAACAUAAUGUAUUACGAGCAUUCGCAUCAUUACAAUCCAAUAUUAAAUUUGAAUGCUGCCGCCGGUACUCAAAAAGAAUUUUGCGUGUCGUGCAACACUGCGUUUCGUAAAGACAGAGGACAUCGCUGUUCCAAAAAAUGUCCGCAUUGUUACGCCACUCCCUCGUGCGAGAAUCCCGAUGUGGAAAUUGUUAAGUGCGUGACGUGUAAUCGUGCGUUUUUCGGAAAUUCGUAUUUCGAACGUCAUCUCGCGCAAAAAUCUUACGACAGUAAAUCGCACGCGAGCGUCUGUUAGGAUUUGCGAUAAUUGCGGGCGAUUCAUCAAGAGAAGUUCGCGACACGAAUGUGGCGUUUCGUAUUGCAAGACGUGUUGUUUGUUGCAGUCCGCUAAUCAUUUACGUUUUAUGCGGCCUCUUCGACAUAAUGCCGACGUAAACGAACGCCCCGGGCGAGGGUACGAGUACUACGUUAGCACGGGGAGAGGUAUCGCUUCGAAACGAAAAUGACGGCGCGGAUGUAACAAACAACCGUAAUAGCAAAAAAGAACGCGUCACAUUCGUGUUCUAUGAUUUUGAAACGCAUCAAAACGAGACGCUCGAAGGUACGGAGAACGUCAAAGUUCACGUACCGACUCUCUCCGUCGUGCAACAGAUUUGCGAAACGUGCGCCGCGAUAGACAUGUCGUCGGAGCGAUGCCGUUGGUGCGGAGUGCGAGAAUUUAUAUUUCGUCGUGAUCCAGUAAAAGAGUUCAUCGAUUUUGCCACGCAAACGACAAAAUGUUACAAAAAAAUUAUUUGCAUCGCGCA